AUGAACUUGCAGCUACGUCUCGGUAUCCCCUUCGACGAUGUUCGACGUGUCUUCUGUGACGAACCACAACGCGCCGAGGAUAUCAUCGAAUCGCAUUCCCGUAGGCAUCCUCUCGUUUUUAUGCACAGUGACCUAGCCCAGCAUAACAUCAUGGUCGAUGGCGGCAAAGUAACUGGUAUCGUGGACUGGGAGUGCUCUGGGUGGUAUCCUGCGCAUUGGGAAUACCUCAAGGCCUUGUUCACGGAACCCUGUGAUGUAGAGUGGCGUCUAGGAAUCCAUAACUUCUUGACGCCAUUUCAAUUUGAAGCUAAUGUCGACGCUGGGUUUGGAUGGGGCUCACCCAAAUGGAAAUGUGAUCUGAAAUGUACAUGA